CCCGCCACUCAAGGACACAAACAUGAAAGCCUACGUACUCCUUUUUCUCCUUCAACACCACUGCCUCAUCAUCAAGGCUAGUUUCUUCCAUACGAACAAUAAUAAAACCUCUGAUAAUGCCCACAUUGGUUACCAGCUAACUGUGGCUAUACCCACGGAAUACAGCAGAGGGUUCGUGGGGAGGGCUUUUCUGAUGGAAACUGCCCCUGCCGCCAAAUCACCGCUAGUCAACUUUAGGGCGGCGGUCAGCGUCGAAGCGGUUGACGAUGACAAGAAGUUAUACACAUGUUCACUUGAUGUUUUUCUUGGUGAAGAUGUGAAAGUAUGGAGUUCUGGUCAUCUCUCUCCCUUUUACGCCAUGGGCAGUUGCACUCUUGAGCUAACACAGAAUGGGGGUGACCUACAACUGAAGGGCGCUAGGAGAGGUGGCCAUGCCGCCAUCGCCGCCAUUGGAUGGCAUGCUGGAACUUCUGGACAAGGCGUUCAGAAAUUAAAGUUGCUACGCACAGGCAAUCUAGUUUUGAUGGAUUCCAAGAACACCAUAAAGUGGCAAAGCUUCAAUUUCCCAACAAACACAAUGUUGUGGGGUCAGAGACUAAGUCCAAUGACUCGGUUGACAUCUUUCCCAAUUUCUAACUCAUCUCCUUCAUUUUAUUAUUCGCUGGAGAUUCAUGAUGACAAACUUGCACUAUAUUUCAACUCAGGUAACUGGAAGUACUCUUACUGGGAGUACAAACCAUCUAAUAAUCGAAACAUCACAUAUGCCCGUCUCACAUCACAAGGCCUAGAGAUAUACAAUGGGGUCAACUGGAGAAUCACUCAAAUAACUUCAAAAACACCACAAGAGCCUCCCAAAUUCUUAGCACUAGCAGAUGCUACAGGUAUGGGUCAGUAUUUAAGCCUAUUUUGCAAAAAAAAAAAAAUAGUGUAGGCUCGUAAUUUGUGUUUUGAUUAUGAGUCCUAUAACUACACUCACAUAGGGAUGUGAGUAACUAUUAAAUUUAUCCAUAUUCUGCAUUAAUGUUUUCUGAAUACGGUGUUGCCAUGUGACUGAGAAGUCACGAGUUUAAGUCUUAGGAGCAACUUCUUGUCAAAAUGACAAGAAGAAGGCUUGCCACUUAUACAGCCUUAUGGUGGGGCCCUUCCCUGUAUCAUCGCCUUGUGGGGACGCAAAUGUGAAAGUAGCUGCAUUUUUAAGGAAUUUUCUGCCGAAAUAAUGUAUUCUACAUUCUUAUUGUUGUUGGAAAUUUUCCCUGUGCCGUUUUUGUUUGAAAUAUUACAUUUCAGUGGAAAAUUAAAGCAUUCAAUGUGGACAAGCAUAUGAAUUAGAUGUCAUAAUCUAAAAGUAAGUAAAAUGACGAAACUAAUACCGAACACCUUAAACUACUUUAAAAAACUAAGCAAGUCAAUUAACUAUUUUGUACAAUAUCUAGCUCAUUAAAUUAAUGCAUAAUUGUAAUUGAUUAUAUAUCCUAGUAAUUGGUGAAUCAUUGCAAAUUUUUAAUAGUGGCUCUUGUAAUUAUGUUCGGGUUCAGUUAUGCAUUCUCAUGCAGAAAUUGUACUUCAACAAGGAGUUUAAUACUUGCGCAUGAAAUUUUACCAAAAUUUUCUCCUAAACGUUUCAUAACUCUCACAACAGGCAAUUUGGGACUAUAUUAUUACUCACCCCAGAAACAAGUGUUUGAAGCUUCAUAUGAGGCAAUCAAUAACACUUGUUAUCUUCCAUUUGCAUGUAAUAAGUCCUAUGAUAUUUGCACUUCCUCCGGUGAAUGUUCAUGCAUAAGGCUUGUCAAAAGAGGGCUCUCUGGUCUAUAUUGCUGCAAUGAGGAGAUGUUAGCCAGUGGGUCCUGCGACAAAAGUCGGUUGGGGAUGCUCGAGUUACAUGGUAUCACAACUAUACUAAAUAGCAGUUCUAAAAAGGUCAACCUUACAAAAGCAGCAUGUGCAGACUCAUGUUUGAAUAAUUGUACAUGUGUCGCGGCAAUGUAUGGAGAUGCUGUGAACCGAGAGGGUGAAUGUUAUUUUUAUGGGCUAGUAAGAGGAGUUAAGCAAAUGGGCGAUGAUAGAGAAAGAAAAAUGAGCUAUAUGGUUAAGGUGCCAAAGGAUGUUAUUGAUGAUUGCCAUGGAAAAGCUUGCCGUAUAAACACAUGGGUUUUAGUUGUGGCAGGCAUAGUUGAUGGACUUGUUAUUUUGAUUCUUUCUGUAGGAAUUGGUUACUGUGUAGUCCAAAGGAGGAAAAACAACAUACCUAACGUAGAAAAUAAUUAAAAUAUAAACUAGACUAGGUACCCUCAACCAUCGAGAAACAUUGUUUUAUUGUUUGAUGAAUCCCAUUUUGGAUAUAUAAGUGAGUUAAUUGAAAACAAGGGGUCACUUAUAGUGAUAUGAUAGAUAAUGGAUGUCUGGAUUACUAACAAUGUCAAGAUAAAAAAAGACGAUGUGAAUCCUAUCUUUAUUAUUCAUAUAUGUGUAUUAGCAGGAUAAGUGAGUUAGUG